CCAGUAGGAUUCAUGCAAGUUCAACAGUGCCCGCGCCCCGUCUCCGCGCAUUAGUGCCGCGAUACCGGGCUACGAAUAUCCGCGUAGAAAUUCAAUGAUAUGGGAUAGAGUGAGCGUGUGAGACCAGUUCCGAUUGAUACUGUCCGAGUGAUGUGUCUCGUGGUGUUCUGUGAGUGAACGAGUGGAAAAUUUGGAAAGCAUGUCGGAAUUUUUCGGUGGCUGGAGCGGGGAGCCCGAGGACGAUGCGGAGGUCGUGGAGGAGGAGGAGACCGUGGAAACGGUCACCACCACCAAGACCAUGCGGCGGUCCACCAAGACCACCAAAACACCUAAGUCGUCAUCGACGAAGACGACGACAAUGACGACGCCGGCCAAGCUGUACGGACGGGAGUUGUCGACAUACGACGAAGUGGACGUCGACGAACUGUUAUCAAAACUGACACAGGAGGAGCUUACGAUGCUCGCCAAAGACGUCGACCCAGAUGACAAUUGUUUACCCCCAUCACUACGGAAUAACUAUGCAUGUGAAAAGGACCCCACAGGACCACUCAACCGUAAGAAGUUAAUUGAACACAUCAACAAACAAGCCUUAGAGACACCUGACAGACCAGAGGUGAAACCUUACGUAGCUGGCGUUGUACGAGGUAAAAAGUGGAUUCCCCCACCACAGCCAGAAAAGAUGCGUGAUGCUGAGGAACAGAUUGCUAUAGAUCUUGGUGAUGAAUAUGAGCAAGCGCUCACUGGUGCUACACAAGAGGAAAUUAUUGACCUUGCCGCUAUUCUUGGAUUCCAUUCCAUGAUGAACCAGGAUCAGUACCACGCGUCGCUCCUCAACAAGGGCCAGCCUGUUGGCCUCGGCUGGGACGGCAUCACAAAAGCUACUAAACCCAAGGUGUACCCCAUGGACCCCCCCAAUGACACAGACCCCGACGACACAAUAAACAGGGUGAAGGAAAAUGACCAGAAGCUGACUGAUCUCAAUUGGAAUAAUAUUAAGAAUAUAAGCGACGAGAAAUUCGAGAAGCUGUUCGAAGGUCUGAAGACGAACACUCACCUGGAGGUGUUGUCGCUCGUCAACGUCGGCCUUAACGACCGCACCGCGCAGCUCCUCGCCGACGCACUACAGGUAAACACGGGUCUGCGCGUGGUGAACGUGGAGACGAACUUCAUCAGCCCGCCGGGCGUGGUGCAACUCGUCCGCUCGCUCCUCACCACGCACACCGUCGAGGAGUUCCGCGCUUCCAACCAGAGAUCACAAGUCCUCGGCAACAAGAUCGAGAUGGAGAUAACCAAGCUGGUCGAGGAGAACCCCACUCUGCUGCGGCUCGGCCUGCAUCUCGAGUACAGCGACGCGCGACACCGCGUCGCCAGCCAUCUGCAGCGAAACAUCGACAGGAAUUGCCGUUUGCUAAAGAAAAGUAGCGUGUCGUUAAGUUUACGACUCCCGCGCGGAAGACCGCCUGCAGUGGGAGUGGACAGUAGCUUCUUCAAUCUGACCCCGCCCAGCGCCGGCUCGCUGACUCCGCCCGCCGACCGCAAGAUGGAUACCGCUCAGUCGACGCCGCGAGCCCAGAAACAGACCGGGAAAGCCGACGAUAGAUUCGUGAUGGCGGAGCCCCCCGACAUAAACCCCAACCCCCACACUACGGAAAGACCUAACGCUGCGACUUCAGUUCAGGUUCUUUAACAAUCUGCAAAAAGGGGCGCGUAGUCAAUAGAGUAUGGACAGCAAGGGAGCUUAGAACAAAAUAAUAAAUAGAAUCCACGCCAAUCCUAGUGUACGCCAGCAACGACGGAGCCAGAGCGGCGCUUAGAGCCAUGAUCAUCGUUGUGGUGGUCGCGUGCGGCGCGUGAGCCGGUUCACCCGCAGCGCCAGCUACGUCGUGGGCUGGAUACCGUGAGCCCCGCGCCUUUGUCACUGUGUAGUCCUAGCUUUGUACCCACACCACUCUUCUGCCGCUGCUAGAAUUGAGGAUGACCUACACUUUCGACUUAUUCUCGUAACUGUUUCUAAUAUGCUGUUUACAUUCAGCCCUGUAAGCCAGGGAAGAGGGUGGCGCGAGAAGAAAUAGUUACUCGCACUGCCACCCGCAUAAAAUUGAAGGUAUCAUGGUAUGGCAUCGCAGAACAAGUUUAUGUCACGCAUAUAACGUGGAUCGGCGUCAAAGUAGAAAGUCAAUUGAUAAAGAUUUAACACUCGAUAAUUCUUGCAGUGAUAUCGGUGGUGCAACCAGGGCUACUAAAGAACAGUAAGCAGCUAUGCUGUUGAGAGAGCAGUUCGAUGCCAGAUGCAUGUUCAUUGUUCAGUCUUUUGGCAGCUCACCUGGUUGCGCCAGCAGUCCCAAAUAAGAUAUAUUUAAAGAAUCACCUUGAUUUUAGCAGCGCAAGAGUUGCCUAUUUCUAUGAACUUUUUAUAAGAAUGUUUAUGCGAGGCUAGUUAAAAAGUAAAGCUUUUUCAAUGUUGAAUAUAAUCUUUUUAAUUAUGCUUAAAAUGUAUGUCUACUACACCUAUUAUAAAAUUUAUGUUUAAUAUUUAAAAGACAAGAGAUUUUUGUAUUUUUUUCAAUUUUUUUUAAAUAAAAUCUAAAAGUACUGAAUGUAGGUUACAUUUCUGAAAUGAUUCGAAAAAACAGUCUGAUGAAAUUGAUAAUUAAACGUUUGUUUCUUGCUUAAGAACACAUUUUCAGGUAUAAAUUGACUACACAAUUGCAAAGAAAGAUACAUUUUGUAGGAGUGACUCAGAAUGAACGGUUGCAAGAAAUGUGAUUGAAUAUGACAAGAUCUUUGACAUUCUAAAUUUAGAAAUGGUAAAGGCAGGUCCUUUCUCAGCGACAAAUUUAAAACAGCGAUAUUACGUACGAAAUCACAAUUCUUGAGUAAUGAACGCAAUGGAAAGUAAAAAUAUAUUUCUAAUCUUAGAGUGCUAAUGAAUUAUUAAUUUAAUAAUUAAUUUAUAUUGUAAUAUAUUUUAUUGUGCACAUUCCAUUAAUGCAUAACAUGCUUCUCGGUUUGAUAUGGGCGAAGUGAUAUGCAUAGACUUUUGCAUAAUUCGGUGUAAUGUAUAUUAAAAUGUAAAUAUUUUGUAAUAAUUUUAGUGCAAGCUUCACAUAUUUCACGUUAAAAAAGAACUAGAGAUUGUUGUUUUACAUUACCAUAAUAUGUAUAAUAUUUUUUUAUUUUAAAAUGCCUCUUGAAUAAAAUAUAAUAUGAAUUGUAUGUACGUGUUUAAAAUUAUGUGUAACGUUUUAUGAAAUUUAAAUUUUGUGUGCGAUUGCAAAAACAUAAUAUUCUCUAAUUAAUUGUUAUUUGAAUUGGUAAACAGCCUGGCAAGAGAAGCUAUGUUCUGUAUCAAUGGAUGAAAAUGAAACUUUUGAAGAAGCACUAGGUUUCUGGAUGUCAGUAGACCGCUUUUAAUGUUAUACCCAUGUCUUUGAAUAGCAGUAAAGUUUGAACCCUUUUUUGAUACAUGUUGCAAGUUGUAUGUCAACGCAAAUGUGUGCAAGUUGACAUACAACUUGCACACAUUUGCAUUACGUACACGCAAUAUACGCUCGUGCGUACAACUUACACUACCGAACGUACGUGCUUAACAUUACAAUACAGUCACUGCACAGCUAUAACUUUUUGCUUCUUUAAAAUUAUUGCUAACUUUAAUAAUGUAAGAGGAGUUUUUGGAUGGUGAGAAAUAGUAAGAAAAGGGUAUUCUGUAAUCUGUAUUACCAAACUAGCCAGCGAAAUAACUUUUUUUUGUGAACUGAAAGGGGUUUAGAAUUUCUUUGUAUGACACAAGUGCAUGCUUGUGAUGAAAGAGGUGCCUUAUUACGAGUAAAACAACUUUAAUGAUAAUUGACACCUAAUACCAAAACGAUUUUUAAUGCAUUUUACGUUGCGUUAUUGCAAAAUGAAUUUCAACGUCUGUUUGAAUAUUGUGUAAACGAUUCUCACCAGUCAAUAACAUCCCCACUUUUAAGUUUUAUGUAUAUUUGAUAGUGAAACUGGGGUCGUAGAAUCCAUAACAUUGUGAUAAACGUCAUGUUUUUCCAUAUAAAUGUAUCGCUUUGACUUUUUCAUAUUAGAUUUGAAUGUAAGGUGAUUAUUUGUAUAUGAAUUUAGAUUUUUAAAAAUAUUUUCUUUUAUUUUAAUAUCGUUAAAUGAAAACUUUAUAUGCCUAAAUAAUUCUAUUGUAAUAAUUAUUAGUUUACUGGCUUAGAAGCAUUUUGGUCCAACAGAAAAUUGUUUGUUAAAGCCGAGUAAUGUAGUUUGUGACAAAAAAAUGAAAUAAAGCACGUAAAAUAAAAAUAA